GACUGUGUCAGGACGCCGCCGUCUUUGCCUCCUCCUGUCCGAGGCUGCUGGCUGCCAAGGAAGAAGGUCUAUUGGAGCAAAUGAGCCCGAAGGAAAUCAGGAUGAUCCUGAGCUGCGAUCGGAAAGGCUUCCUGGUCAGGGGGCUGACCAUCAGCGGGAGGAAGUGCUACGUUAUCCGGGAUAACUUCUACAUGGACGGGGAUGACACCAUGGAUAUCCGGAUGAAGAGGCAGGAAGGUACACCAUGCCUCAGCCUGGCCAUCGCCAGGUCAAAGAAGGUGUUCAUCAUCAUCAUGGGGAAGCAAGGCAUUCACGGAGGAACUCUCAAUAAAAAGGCGUUUCAGAUGGCCACUUACAUCAGGAAGUCUGGCUGUUAGCUCGAACCUUUGUAACCCCCAGAACAAAUUCCUACGGUAUCUCUCUGUGGCUAUAUUU